AUGGACACCACCAUCGACGACCAGCUUUAUCUCAACCAGUAUCUCUACCAGCAGCAAGAUACCCAGAACCAGCAGCAGAUAGACGAUGAACCUCUCUAUGUCAACGCAAAACAGUAUUUCCGUAUUCUCAAACGACGCGUCGCACGUUCAAGGCUAGAGGAAGUCCAUCGUCUGUCCAGGCAGCGAAAGCCAUACCUACAUGAAUCCCGCCACAAGCAUGCAAUGCGUCGCCCAAGAGGGCCAGGUGGACGUUUCCUGACUGCAGAGGAAAUAGCCGCACAGAAAGCAGCAGGGACGAGUAACAACGGUGAGGCAUCAGGUUCAAAGGAUGCCGAGGGCGAGGAGCAAGAAGAUGGAGAGAAGACCAUGGAGCAAACUCCAGAACGUGACGAACAGCAGCAGCAGCAGCAGCAACAGGUUCAACAGCCACCCCCGCCGCCGCCGCCGCCGCCUCCAUCUCUUCCUGACCUUCCUGAGCUGCCAGAACCACACAUCAUCGACGCUGAACCGCCGCGGCUAGACCACAUCUCUCACCAUGAACGGGACAAUUCGUUCUACGCACCCAUGAUCUCGUCUUCCUCGUUCCGGCCCAGCAUAUCCAUUCCACAGCAAAUCAUGCCCUCUCACCACACCCAUGGAGGCCACCACCACGGUCACCCUCGCCACUUGCCUACCCAACACCACCAAAACUCUCAGCCAAAACCCACAAACCACAUGCACAACUUUGCCCACCUGCCAAAAUCGCUGCCCGUCAACCUCACUUCACCGUAUGGAUCUAUGCCCCAGAUGCAUCAUGUCCCUCAUCCCCAUGCGCAUGCUCGACACCAUCACAGCAAUCUGGCCUUUCAUCAUCCCCUCUACAACGAUCCAAUAAAUCCACCAGGUUCCUCCAAUCCUGACAUGCAGAGGCGAACGGAGGAAAUGAUUCAAUUCGGUGCACCGGGCUCAUCCAACUAA